CGACGCGUUCGUUUCGUCCUUUUGUGCGGAAUCGGCUCCGGUAUCCGUCGCAGUGGUGAUUACCAGCAGCAGCCGGGUUUCUUUUGGAUUAUCAGCUUUUGCGGUUGAAACAGUGCAGCGAGAAAAGUUACAACUUGCCAUGAAACCCCACUCGAGUGUCUCUCACGUGGAUAGCGCAUCGAUAAAAUCCGUUAGUUCGGAAGAUGUCAGCACGGCUACCGCCAACUUGCACGGUAAAGGAUGCUGCAGUGCCGAGGCGAAAAAUCCGGCCUUCAAAAGAGGCCGACAAAUUCAGCUGCUGAAGAUGAUCGUGCUGCCGUUUAUUCCGAUAAUGGCGCUGAUUUUUCAGACCUCCUACGAGAUGAUCGAUAUCGUCAGCUACCGGAUGGAGGCCACCGAAAUUGAAGUUCAGGUUACGAUGGCGACGGGGCUGGGCAAGGUGGUGACUAAACUGCAACAGGAACGCUCGGAUGUGGCGUUUUUCAUCUACACCAACGGCAGCAUGCUGCGGAGAAAUUUGACGAAAGGCUUUCGAGAGACGGAUCGGGCACUGGAGAAUAUUUCUUCCUGGCCUGAUAUGACCAUCGCAACACUGAAUGACGGUAAAGUGACUUGGUUGAAUAUGAGCGAGUUCAGGGAAGAGCUGGUGGAGUUCAGGGAAAAUAUACAGUCGGAGUAUAGUUCCGUGCGGGAUGUGUUGCAUUGGUACACGACGGUGAAUGCUGCUCUGUUGGAGCAUUUAACUAAUCAAAUUAAAGACGCUAACAAGAGUGGCGUUUGGCGAUUUCUUUUAAGUUUCAAAAAUCUUCUAAAGAGUAUUGAAAGUUUAGAUAUAUCAUCGGUUUAUGGUAUCAAUUACUACGGGCGAGGAUUUCUUAAGGCAGAACAGUAUGUGAUGUACGUACAGCAUGACAUAGUCGGGAAAGAGCUGCUGAACGCAUCUUUGAACUACAUUCCGAGGCUUAAAAUGAUGUACAAAAAUCUGACACGUGGCAUGCGAAAUUACGGAAAAAUCAAACAAUGGAGUGCCACCAUUCGCAUGAACGCUCAAAUACCGGCAAACGUUACUACUGCACGUGCUUACUACGAAGCCAUGGCCUCCUACAUUGACGAGCUACGUAAACUUCAGGAUAGAGUGAGAUGGAUUAUCAGGGAAGAAGUGCAAAAAGUGCUCCAAAAGGCCGACCGCAUGGAAACCUUUGGAAUUGCAAUUCUCAUUGUGGUCUUGAUUGUAUCCCCAAUCAUCAUCGUUCUGGUUAGGAAUGCCGUGGCCACCAUUCAGAUGUAUGCAGUCAACCUAGCGCACAAGGCAAAAGAGUUGAAACGUGAAAAGAGAAAAUCCGACUCGCUCCUGUUUCAAAUGCUACCCCCGACCGUGGCCACACAACUGAAGCAGGCUCAAACGGUCCCGGCGGAGUACUAUUCGGCGGUGACGAUUUUUUUCAGCGACAUUGUCGGUUUCACGGAAAUUGCAGCCGAAUGCACCCCACUAGAGGUGGUUUCCUUUCUGAAUGCGAUUUACCGAAUGUUUGACGAGCGGAUUGAGUGCUACGACGUUUAUAAAAUAGAAACCAUUGGGGACUCGUACAUGGUGGCGUCCGGACUUCCGGUUAAGAAUGGUGGUAUCAAAUUAAACCUAUUUAUGUACGCGAAUUUUCUUUCAUUAACCCGGGAUUCGUGCGGUUUAAUUUCAAUUUCAGGAAAUAAACACGUCUCGGAAAUUGCCACGAUGGCGCUGGAUUUACUUGAUGCCUCAGGUUGUUUCAGCAUUCCGCACAAUGCCAACGAAUCGGUGCAGAUACGUGUAGGAAUUCACACCGGACCGGUGGUGGCGGGUAUUGUUGGAACUAAGAUGCCACGGUACUGCCUCUUUGGAGACACCGUCAACACCGCCUCUCGGAUGGAAUCUACCGGAGAAGCCCUAAAAAUUCACAUCUCCGGUGAAAUGAACGACGCGCUGAUGCGAAUCGGAGGCUUCAAAACCGAACACCGAGGGCUGAUCGAUGUCAAGGGAAAGGGCUUGAUGGACACCUACUGGCUGAGCUGCAAGGAACGAGCCAGUCCGAACUGUCACGGUGAAGUUGCCUGGUACGCCGACAUACAACCGGUCUAUUUGAAAAUUGUUUAAAAUGAAUAACCAACCGUAGAUGAUGUUGAUCAAAAAAAGCUUAUCAGUGUUUAAUUGAAUGACGAAUAUUUAUAUAAAUAUAAAUAUAAAAACAAUGUAGAAUACCUCAGCAGGCCAAAACGUUGUCAUGAUAAUUAGGUUUCUGAAAAUGUUGUUAGUGUAUUUUUUCACCUGGUGAUGAAAAACCGAGAAGCAUGCAAGUUUCAAAUUAUUUAAUGUACACUACAAGUGUUAUUUUUUAAAGUAGUUAAUGUUUUAUAUAUGUGAUA